AUGCCUUGUAUCCAGAAUGCAAUCUGUCUGAAGCUCACAGGCUAUGCUCCGCCCUCAACUGCAGCACAGCUUGGAGGAUGCUCCUCCCUUCUUCCCUCCCGCUCCCCUAGAACGCCAGUUCCCCAGGAAGGGGCGGAGUUCUUCCUGGCGCGGAGGCCACCGUCGCCACGGCAACGCUGCUUUACUGGGCCCAACGGAUUCCGCGGCCUGGGAGUGCAGGAGGCCGCGUGGCCUGGGGGCAGCGCCAGCAGCAUGGACAGCCUGUACGUGGAGGAGGUGGCCGCCUCCCUGGUCAGGGAGUUUCUUAGCAGAAAGGGUUUGAGGAAGACAUUCAUGACCAUGGACCAGGAGCGCCCCCGCUGUGAUCUCAGCAUCAACAGCAGAAAUGAUCUCCGCAAAGUCCUACAUCUGGAGUUUCUCUACAGGGAAAACAAGGCAAAGGAGAAGCCUCUAAAAACCAACCUUGAGCUUAUUACCAGAUAUUUUCUGGACCAUUCUGGGAACACAGAGAAUUUAAGUCAAGAAGCCCCGAUCCCUCCACUCCCAGUUCCAAAGAAAAAUAAUAAAUUGCCUUCGAGAAGUUUGGAGACCACACUGGUGAAUAUUUAUGACCUUUCAGAUGACGACAUAGGAAGACGAACAUCAUGGUCAGAAGCAGGCAAAGCCAGGCAUGACAAUCUUGAUGGGGACAUACUCGGUAAUUUCCUAUCACCCAAAAAAAGCCCACACAAAAGUAAGCCCUCACACACGGUCCCGGGUGGCAGUCUUCCUUUGGUUCCUGCGUGGGAGAAGGCGGAGCAGCUUCAUUCUUCAGAGCCAUGCAUAGAUGUGAAGAGGCCGCUGGAGAGGAGCAGACCAAAGUCUGGCCUGAUUGUGCGAGGCAUGAUGGCCGGGCCCGUCGCCAGCUCCCCGCAGGACUCAUUCCGAAAACGCUCUCUGAGACGCUCCUCGUCCUUGAGCAGGAAGCUCCAAGCCCCAGAGGAAAGCCAGCAGCCCUCUGAGCCUCUUGUCCACACCCUCACCUGUCCAGGUCCACAGGAGGUCACCAUUGCCAGCAGUGACUCCAGGAGUUCUCUGGGCCAGCUGAGUGAACUGCCCACAGAGAAGCCAGAUGCCUCUUCCAGCAGCCAAGGGCUGUCCCAGAGGGACAGUGCUUCUUCGGAGGAUGGCUCACUGGGGUCCAGCCACACAGAAACCAGCACAACACCUUUGAAGCUGUACUUGCCGGGUGGGAAUCCCCGGGUGACCCAGGAGCGGCCGGAAAGAACAUUCAUGUGGCAGGGCAACCAGCCCCCAUCGCUCCGGUGA